AUGGCCAGUGGCGAAGAAGGCCCAGCUGGCGGCUCAGUAUCCGAACCCCUCGAUCUUGUGCGCCUUCUACUCGAUGAGGUUGUCUUUGUGAAGUUACGAGGCGAUCGGGAAUUGAAAGGACGCCUUCACGCCUAUGAUAGUCAUAUGAACUUGGUCUUAGGUGAUGUGGUGGAGACCAUCUACUCGGUCGAUGAGGAUGAUGAAGAUGAAGAGAUCAGAACGACGACCAAGAAAUCCGAAAUGUUAUUUGUGCGAGGCGAUAGUGUCGUCCUCGUUUCACCUCAGAACUCAUCGUGA